AUGAUUGCAGUUCCGUUAAAUCCAAAUUCAGUUCAUAUACCAAUAAUCAAUAUUGGGUGUUGUAAAUCGAAAUUUGAUUCAACAUAUCCAAUUCAUUUAAAUGGAAUAAUUAGUCAAGAAGACUUUCAUGAAUCAAUUACUAGAAUUAAUCGUACAAUUUCAUCAAACAAAAUUUUAAUCUUUUUUUCAAUUGCUUUCGGUUUGUGCAUAAUGGGUGGAAUAAUAGUACUUCAUUAUUUGUCAUAUGAAUAUCUUAAAAUUGGCAUUAUUUUGAUCAUUUCUGGAUCGAUUCUUUUCGGUAUCGGAUGUUAUAUAAUAAAACUUCAACAUAUUAGACGAAUGCGACAUGCAAUUGCUAAAGAAUCAAUCAUAUAUUCAUCGAGAUCACCAAUACCAUGUAGUUGGAGAUUAGAUACCAUGACACAUUUCGUUGGAAGAUAUGGAAUUUAUCGCAACAAUCAUCUAGCUUAUCAUUUAGUUAUCGAUAUUGGUCGCUCUACUACUCCAGGAAGUGUAAUAUAUUAUUCCAAUCCAAAUGCUCCUGAUCCAACAUCAGUUAUUGAACGGCACAAUAGUGCUGCACCUCCACCAUAUUCUGAUCAGUCUGCUGCAGAACUUUGUUCUCAAUGUGGUGCAUCAAGACAAGACCUAACAGGCAAAUUUUGUUCAUCAUGUGGACAGGCAUUCAAUACAUGUUAA